CCCGCAGUUUGUGACCUCAUUCGAGAGUAUCACGACGUUUUCCCAUCUUCGUUCUCGUACGCCGGUAUCCCACCGAUGCGUGACGUUGAGCACUCCAUUCAGCUUGUGCCUGACUAUCGUGUUCACCACCAGGCACCCUACAAACUCUCGAUCCCCGAGGCCACUGAACUCAAGCGUCAGCUUGAGGAGCUCUUGAGACUGGGUUUCAUUAAACCCAACAACUCCCCGUGGGGUGCACCCGUCCUCUUUGCUCGCAAAACGGAUGAAACUCUUCAUCUCUGCAUCGACUACGGCGGUCUCAACCGCUACACGGUUAAGAACAACUACCCCAUGCCUCGUUCCGAUGAGUUGUUCGACCACCUAGCAGGCAACUGCUUCUUUACGAAGAUUGAUCUUCGUAGCGGUUACCAUCUGGGCGGCAUCGCUACAGCUGACCAGCCGAAGACCGCGUUUCGAUCGCGCUUCGGCCACUACGAGUUUACGGUGAUGCCAUUCGGCCUCACCAACGCACCCGCUACCUUCCAGAGGGCGAUGAACGACGUCUUCAGGGACAUCCUGGAGCAGUACGUUCUCGUCUACCUCGAUGAUAUCCUGGUCUACAGUCGUACCCUUGAGGAGCACCUCAGACACCUCCGCGAUGUCCUUGACCGCUUGCGCAGACACGGCUUCUACGCCAAGCUGAGCAAGUGCCGCUUUGCCCAGCACAAAGUGGAUUUCUUAGGACACUACGUGUCUGACCAGGGUCUCCACAUGGACGACGCGAAGAUCACUGCUAUUGCGGAGUGGCCCGCUCCCACAUCCGCCAAGCAGCUUCGCAACUUCCUAGGCCUGACCAGCUACUAUAGUAAUUUCAUCCAGGGAUACGCUAGGUAUUCCUACAUCCUUACCUCCACCUUCCUCCGGAAGAACCCACCGUGGGCUUGGACACCCCUCCACGAGGACGCCUUCCGCGCCCUCAAGAAGGCGGUGAUAUGCGCACCGGUUUUUCACCUACCCGAUUUUGAUCGCCCUUUUAUCCUUACCACCGAUGCGUCAGACUUCGCUGUAGGAGCAGUGCUUUCUCAAGUCUUCCCCUUCUCUCCUGAUUCCUCUCAUCCUCGUAUCCCUCGCUUCCCACCACUUACCCCUACCACUGCUUCCCGACUGACGCCUACUCGUCCAGCUACUAACGAGCCUUCUAUUGACUAUUCUCCUACCAUCGUCGAGGACGACACUGUCGAGUCUCGCUCAGGUGAUUGUCCGAUAGCCUUCUACUCCCGUCAGCUUCUGCCCGCCGAGAUAAACUACACCGUUGAUGAACGUGAGGUUCUCGCAGUAGUUUAUGUCGCUCGGCACUGGCGUCACUACCUGCACGGGGCACCGUUCACGGUGCGUACGGACAACUCUGUUGUCCAGGCUUUUCUGACAAAACCGAAGCUCACUUCUCGACAGGCUCGCUGGUGGCGCGACCUAUCCGAGUUUAGUUUCACCACUGAGCACAUCAAGGGUGAGACUAAUCGGGUCGCAGAUGCCUUAUCCUGGCGCCCUGACCACGACCAGGAGCAGAUCCAGCUCUCUUCCAUCUCGGGCACCACUGUUCACCACUCGGUGAUCGACGAGUUCCGCACUCAGUACCGCCACUGCCCCGACUAUCGCGACAUCCACGCGACCGUUCAGAGUGGCAAGACCAUCCCGAACUACUCUCUCAGGGACAACGGUCUCGUGUACUGGCACGGUUCACAGGGCACCAGAGAGCCCCGUAUUUGCGUUCCCUCCACUGGACAGCUACGUGUCCGAGCAGUAGCAGAGUUCCAUGACCAGGCAACCGCCAGUCAUAUGGGCUUCCACAAGACGUUGGCUCGUGUGAGCCGCCUAUACGUCUGGCCGAAGCGCAAGGACUUUGUGAAGGACUACGUCGCAAAGUGUCCCACCUGUCAGGAGGUGAACAGUGCAAACCACCUACCUUAUGGUUUGCUUCAACCUCUUCCUAUCCCAGAGGGUCGUUGGCAGUCCAUCUCGAUGGACUUUAUCGGUCCUCUUCGUCCUCCGACCCCCCGCGGUCAUGAUGCUAUCCUGGUCGUUGUCAACCGCUUCACGAAGCGCGCACGCUUUGUUCCGUGCCGCUAUGCCAUCAACGCACGUGAGGUCGCCGACAUCGUGUUUGCCCGAGUCGUGCGUGACCACGGCUUACCACUGAGCAUCAUAUCUGACCGUCACCCACACUUUACCAGCCGAUUCUGGUGACGGCUCCACGAGGUGUACGGCACUCAGCUCCGCUUCUCCUCGUCUUACCAUCCUCAGACUGAUGGUCAGACCGAGA